AUGAGUAUAACUGAAACUAAAAACUCGAUACCAUUGUCAUAUGAGGCUACAAAAUGUGUCAUAAGAUAUCUUAAUGUAAAAACACGAGAGACAAUGUCAAGUCAAGUUCAAUCAAUUAGACGUAUCAACAACAUCAUCCCAUUUCACAUUGAAACAUUGACAAUCAAUGAGUCAUCUUUUGGAAUCAAUGACACAGAGUGGAUUUUUGAAGAGUAUGAAGAAAGACAAGUCGUUCUGCAAAACAAAACUAAGAUGAUCGUAUAUUGGAAAAACAAAAGAAGAUGUACCAUCGAAAUCGACUUGUCCCCCAAAAUUCUUUACGAGAAGAUGGUCAAGUUUUACGUGAGAAAACAGACCGUUGUCAGAGAUAAUGUAUUUUUGCUUGGUACACCACGACUUCUUGAAAAUGCAGUGACGUUCCGAGACAAACACAUCAUCACUCAGUCUGUUGAGAUAUUAUCCAUGUUCUCCCAUACGUACGAGACAUUCCGUUCAUUCUUGAGCCUGGAGUUUGUAACAAAAAUGCAAAUUAUGCUGACCGAUGGAUCUGUUGAAACCCUCGAUAACCCUGAGGUAAAGAAUUGCCCAGUUCUAUCACUUUGUUGCCCUCCGUUCCGCCCUCUGGCCAACUCUUUGCUAUACAGGAUGAUGAGUUUUGAGAACAAAAUCCUUAUUUUGGAAUAUCUUGACUUCCCAAUGGAGGAUGCCGUACGACUUAUUGAGGAUUGGAUUGGAUCAAACAGAAAAACGGGAACAAGAUUCAGUUGGAUUCAAAAAGACACAAAAACAGCACGUGACGCAGUCAGUAGUAUUCAAGAGAAAUUUGGAGCAGUUCCCGAUACAGAUCAUCGGCAGUACAAAAAUGUAAUCAAAAUUCCGAUGGCCAACAAACGAGAUCUCAUAAUAUACACUGGGCAAAUCACAAAACUGAGACAACAAAGAAAAGGAGCACUUUAUCCGACUUUUGAAAUCGAAAUUGUCGAAGGCAAUUAA